UAAUUAACAAGAAUGAUUAUCUAUUCAUUUCAGACAUUCGAACAGCCAAUUUUAAAUGUAUGACCCCUAUUGAAAAUGAACAAGCAGUACUGAGAGACAAUUAAUUAUAAAUGGAAUGGGUUAAAAUACUCAAACCUUAAAAAGUAUAUUAAUUAAACAUUUUUUUAAGGCUAUGUUAAAAUUUCGUUGUGCCUAUCCUACUGAAAUUAAUGAACCAACAGAAUUCUUUUAAGGUGAAAUCUAUAUUCAAGCAUGGGCACCUGCAUCAUCGACUGAAACUAGAUUAAUACCUUAUCAUUAUCUCAAUACGAUAUUUUAUGAUAAUCAUAAAUAUGAAGAAUAACUCUUCUAUCAUAAUGAUGUUGUUAGAAAAAUAUAAAAAGGAGCAUUAAGUUGGGAUGAUUGAG